CAAACACAUCCGCUCGUUUGUCACCUGUUGUUGCGACCUGAGCGAGCGAGCGAGGUUCCAUCAGUGACCGUCAUCAGCAGCGCAAUAAUCGUCAGCCUCCCGGUCGUUGACAGCGCCGAGUAUUUCGGCUCCGCCACCUCCUGCACAGCAACGGCGACGGCGACGGCGACGGCUACUGUAGUGAGCGCGCUCUACCAAACCCGAACCCACACCUCCGUUGCGAGUUCGCACUUCCAUAUCGCCUGCCGGCACAGCGAGGGAAGCAGCGGCGACGACCACUCUUCGCGCUUUGUUCCGACCCUCGAGGCCCAGUAGGCCGACGUCGUGAGCAGCAAAUACCAACUCUCCUGCGAACACACUACAAUGCGCACAACAACGCUCCUCGGCAGCGCCCUGCUGGCAGCGCGCUCUGCACUUGGCAUUGCGCUCGAUUUGAAAGACCCCAACUCAAUCAAGUCGGCUGCGCGAAUAACCGCCGAUGGCAUGAUGAAAUGGUACACUGGCAACAAGACCGGUGGUAUCCCAGGUCUGCUUCCAGGGCCAUACUACUGGUGGGAGGCUGGUGCCAUGUUUGGCGCCAUGAUCGAUUACUGGUACUAUACUGGCGAUGCCACAUACAACGAUGUGGUAUCGCAAGCGCUCUUGUUCCAAGUUGGACCUGACGACAACUACAUGCCUCCCAAUCAGUCAAAGUCUCUCGGAAACGAUGAUCAGGCCUUUUGGGGCAUUGCGGCCAUGUCGGCAGCAGAAACCAAUUUUCCAAACCCUCCAGAAGACCAGCCUCAGUGGCUGGCAUUGGCACAGGCUGUUUUCAACUCCCAAGCGCUGCGAUGGGAUACCACUUCAUGCGGAGGAGGACUCAAGUGGCAGAUCUUCACGUUCAACAACGGAUACAACUACAAGAACUCCAUCUCGAACGGCUGCUUCUUCAACCUCGCUGCACGCUUGGGCUUCUACACCGGCAACACAACAUACUAUGAUUGGGCAAACAAGAUGUGGGAUUGGACUCGUGCAAUUGGUCUCAUGAGUGACAAGUACUACAUCUUUGACGGCUCGGACGACAAUCUGAACUGCACUGAGCUCAACCAUAUCCAGUGGAGCUACAACGCUGGUGUGUACAUGUACGGAGCUGCUGUCAUGUGGAAUGUGACUACUGGCGCUGAACGGGACACCUGGCGUCAACGAGCCCAGGGCCUGCUCGAAGGCGCUGCUCAGAUCUUUUUCAAGGACAAUGUCAUGUACGAAGUCGCUUGCGAGCCCUCGAACAACUGCAACAUCGAUCAGCAGUCUUUCAAAGCCUACCUGUCCCGCUGGAUGGCGGCAUCAAUCAAGGUCGCUCCAUGGAUGCACGACACUGUGUUGCCCCUUCUUGCGUCCUCCGCGCAAGCAGCUGCCAAGUCAUGCACUGGAGGUGACGAUGGUAAGACCUGCGGCACCAAAUGGACCACCGGCAGCUAUGAUGGCGGGUAUGGCGUCGGACAGCAGAUGAACGCUCUGGAAGUCAUUCAGAGCAACCUCAUUGACAGCGUCCAAGGACCUCUCGGCAAUAAGACUGGCGCGACGUCCAUUGGUAACCCCAACGCCGGAACUGGAGGCGACGGCAACCCAGUCGCUCCACCUGGUAGAAUCACAACAGCCGAUCGCGCUGGCGCAGGCAUUUUGACAGCAUUGGUGCUCAUCGGUCUGCUGGGCGGUGCAUGGUGGAUGGUUGCUUAGGUAAGGCAGAACACAGAAAUGGGAAGAAUUGCGGCGUUCAAUUUGGAUGAGGCGCUCCAGCCGUGUAUAUGUAGCGAAAGAAGCCACGUCGGCCGUGGAUCGUCUUUCACAUCAGUGCUAUCUGGAAGCACGAUAGUCUGGAAAUGUCUAAUGCCAGAGUUCGCGCGCGAGUUACGACUUUAUGUUUUUGCUCUAGUUUGUAUGCAAAGUUUUAUCCACGAAAGAGUACUGUACGGCCAGACUUCUAG